CUGGGCCUGCUGGCGGGAAAACAAUGGUUCAGCAAGUUGCAGAGAACAUAAACUUUCCGCAGGAGGAAGAGAAAAUAUUGCAGCUCUGGAACACUCUUCAUUGUUUUCAAGAAUGCCUGAAACAGUCAAAAAACAGGCCUAGGUUUACCUUCUACGAUGGCCCUCCAUUUGCCACAGGCCUUCCACACUACGGACACAUACUUGCAGGAACCAUUAAAGACAUUGUAACUAGAUAUGCUCAUCAGAGUGGCUUUCAUGUGGAAAGAAGAUUUGGUUGGGAUUGCCAUGGUUUGCCAGUGGAAUAUGAAAUUGACAAAACACUAGGCAUCAAAGGUCCUGAAGACGUGGCAAAAAUGGGAAUCGCUGAAUAUAACAACAAUUGCAGAGGAAUUGUGAUGAGAUAUUCACAAGAAUGGAAAGCUAGUGUUAUGAGGCUUGGCCGGUGGAUUGACUUCGACAAUGACUAUAAAACACUGUAUCCAGAGUUCAUGGAAUCUGUGUGGUGGGUUUUCAAGCAGUUGUAUGACAAAGGGCUGGUAUACAGAGGAGUUAAAGUCAUGCCUUUCUCUACUGCAUGCAACACACCCCUUUCUAACUUUGAGUCUCACCAGAAUUAUAAGGAUGUUCAAGACCCUUCAGUCAUUGUUAGCUUCCCACUUGAAGAAGAUGAAAGCAUCUCUCUUGUUGCUUGGACCACAACCCCUUGGACUCUGCCUAGCAACUUGGCCCUCUGUGUUAAUCCAGACUUGCAGUACGUGAAGGUGAAAGACAAAAAUACAGGGAAAAUCUUCAUUUUGAUGGAAGCAAGGCUGGUAUCCCUCUACAAAUCUGAAAAUGAAUAUGCAGUACUUGACAGAUUUCCUGGCAUUAGUCUUAAAGGGAAGAAGUAUAAGCCUCUUUUUGAGUAUUUUAUUAAGUGCAAAGAAAAUGGUGCUUUUACAAUAGUGACUGACAGCUAUGUGAAGGAAGAAGAAGGCACAGGGGUUGUACAUCAAGCUCCUUACUUUGGUGCUGAUGACUACAGAGUCUGCAUGGAUUUUAAUAUUAUUCAGAAAGAUUCAGUGCCUGUUUGCCCUGUUGAUGCCUCAGGCUGCUUCACAGCAGAAGUGACAGACUUUGCUGGACAGUAUGUGAAGGAUGCAGAUAAAAAUAUUAUCAAGGCCCUAAAAGAGCGUGGUAGACUGAUCCACACUAGCUCUUUCAAGCACAACUAUCCUUUUUGCUGGAGGUCAGAUACUCCUUUAAUAUACAAAGCAGUGCCAAGCUGGUUUGUUCGUGUGGAGCACAUGGUGGACAAGCUGCUGGAGAAUAAUGCCCAGUGCUAUUGGAUCCCUGACUUUGUGAGAGAAAAGCGAUUUGGCAACUGGUUGAGAGAUGCUCGGGACUGGGCUAUUUCACGAAAUAGAUACUGGGGGACACCCAUUCCAUUGUGGGUCAGCAGUGAUUUUGAAGAGGUGGUCUGCAUAGGAUCUCUAGCAGAGCUGGAAGAACUGUCAGGAGUGAAAGUCACUGAUCUCCACAGGGAAAGUGUUGAUCAAAUAACCAUUCCUUCACGCUGUGGCAAAGGUAUGCUACAUCGCGUUUCAGAAGUUUUUGACUGCUGGUUUGAGAGUGGAAGCAUGCCUUAUGCCCAGGUUCAUUAUCCAUUUGAGAACAAGAGAGAAUUUGAAGAUGCUUUUCCUGCUGACUUCAUUGCUGAAGGCAUUGAUCAAACCAGAGGAUGGUUUUACACUCUACUUGUGUUGUCUACAGCUCUUUUUGGGAAGCCUCCUUUCAAGAACGUCAUUGUAAAUGGCCUAGUUCUUGCCAGUGAUGGGCAAAAGAUGAGUAAGCGAAAGAAGAAUUAUCCUGAUCCAGUAAACAUUGUAAAUUCAUAUGGGGCUGAUGCACUGAGGCUGUACCUCAUCAAUUCUCCUGUGGUAAGAGCAGAAAACCUGAGGUUUAAAGAAGAAGGGGUGAGAGACGUGCUAAAGGAUGUUUUCCUGCCAUGGUACAAUGCAUAUCGCUUCCUCAUUCAGAAUGUGGUCAUUCUGCAACUUAAGGAAGAAGGAAAGGAGUUCCUUUACAAUGAGAACACAGUUAAAGAAAACAACAACAUCAUGGAUAAGUGGAUUCUCUCCUUCACACAGUCACUCAUUCAGUUUUUCAAAGCAGAAAUGGCGGCCUACAGGCUAUAUACAGUGGUCCCUCGACUAGUUAAGUUUGUUGACAUCCUUACCAACUGGUAUGUGAGAAUGAAUCGCAGGAGGUUAAAGGGUGAAAAUGGAACUGAUGACUGCAUCAUGGCCUUAGAAACCUUAUUCAGCGUUCUCUUCUCUAUGUGCAGACUUAUGGCACCUUAUACUCCAUUUAUCACUGAACUGAUGUACCAGAAUUUGAAGACUCUGAUUGAUCCAGCCUCAGUUCAGGAGAAGAACACAGAUAGUAUUCACUACCUCAUGCUUCCUCAAGUUAGGGAGAAUCUGAUUGACAAAAGUAUAGAAAGUGCUGUUUCCCGAAUGCAGUCUGUUAUUGAACUUGGGCGGGUAAUCAGAGAUAGAAAAACCAUUCCAGUAAAGUAUCCCCUAAAAGAGGUAGUGGUCAUCCAUCACGAUCCUCAGGCACUGGAAGAUAUCAGGUCCUUGGAAAAGUAUAUACUAGAGGAGCUUAAUGUCCGUCAGGUGACAUUAUCGACUGAUAAGGAUAAGUAUGGCAUUCGGCUCAGAGCAGAACCUGAUCACAUGGUGCUUGGGAAGCGCCUGAAAGGUGCCUUUAAAUCUGUUAUGGCUGCUAUCAAGGAGCUGACAAGUGAGCAGCUGGAAGAAUUCCAGAAGACAGGCACCAUUGUUGUGGAAGAGCAUGAACUGUAUGAGGAAGAUCUCCGUCUGAUGAACACCUUUGACCAGGCUGUAGGAGGAUCUGCGCACUUUGAAGCACAUUCGGAUUCUCAGGUUUUGGUUCUGUUGGAUGUUACUCCUGAUCAGUCCAUGGUCGAUGAAGGUGUGGCUCGUGAAGUAAUAAAUCGCAUCCAGAAACUUCGAAAGAAGCGCAAUCUAGUUCCUACUGAUGAGAUUACAGUAUACUAUCGAGCACAUCCAGAAGGAGAUUAUCUUGAUACUGUGAUUAAGGAGCAUACAGAUUUCAUUUUUGCAACAAUAAAGGCAGCCCUAAAGGCAUACCCUGUGCCUACAUCAACAGAAGUGCUUAUUCAAGAGAAAACCCAGCUGAAGGGAUCUGAACUGGAAAUUACCCUUGCAAAGGGCGCUUUACACCACCAUAUUGAGCCAGCAUGUGCUUAUGUCAUCCUCAACAUCUGUGUUAAUGGUAAAGAACAAGAUGGGAUGAUGCUGUUGGAAAAUCCUAAGGGAGAUAAUAAAUUAGACUUCAGCAAACUUGUUCAAGCUAUCUCAUCCAUUUUUGGUUUGGAAAAUUCAAAGCUAGCUAUUUUCAGUGGAAAAACAGAACUGAAAAACCAAACUGACUUGAUGAGCCUCAGCGGAAAGACGCUUCAUGUAACUUCAGGGUCAGCUCCGGCUUUGAGCUGUCCUGAUGGCUUCCUCUGUCAGUAUAUAAAUUUACAGCUAGUGAAUGCAAAACCACAAGAGUGUCUGAAAGGAAUGGUGGGAACCCUUCUCAUGGAAAAUCCUAUUGGUCAGAAUGGACUAACCUAUCAAGGGCUUCUACUUGAAACAGGAAAAGUGUUUGGGCUCAGAAGCCGGAGGCUAAAAUUGUUCCUUGAUGAAGCACUAACAGAGGAGAUUACAAAAGAGAGCUCCAUGAAGGCCCUAAAUACAAAGACUCUGUAUGUUCACGUUGCACCAACAACUGCUGAAUACUGAGUGCUCUGUUUUUAUGAAUGCAGCGAUUUAAACUUUUUCCAUGGAAUAGU